AUAGAGAAAAAGCUCCCUUCUUUCUUUCUCUCUCUCUCUCUCUCUUCCUACCAAGAUCCCUCUCUCUCUCUCUCUCUCUCUCUCCAGCUUCAUAGUCCAGGCGUCAGCUUCAGCCCGGGGCUUAAGCGAACUGCGGGAUUUGCUAUCCCGGGCGCGAGAUCAAAUUCACGAAGAGAAAGAGUUUUGCCCUGCGCGCCCGUUGAAUUUUCUAACUCCAGGAUCCAGGAGAUACCAUAGGAGACAACGACAGCAAUUUCAGCUGCAUCAUAACCAUGAGUCUAGCUUGUCUAGUAUGCCAUGGCAUGAGCAGCCCCUCGCACUCGUUUAGGAGCUAUUCGGUCUCAAGUUCGGAGGAGGAGAACAGGUGUGGAGCUGUUGUUGCCUGCCUAACACGGCGAGUAAUGCCUGCUGGAACCGCUAACACUGUAGGGACGUCGAAGGUGACACCUUUUCCUCUAAUGGCUGCUGGCCAAGGCACUGAAGGCGCUCCUCGACUUCAACGAAGCCGUGCUGUUUCAAGGGAUCUUGUCAGGGACUGGAACUUUGAAGAGAUUGCUAUCAGGAACUAGAGUGAGUAGGGUGUGCUAGCAGUUCUUUCCAGGUUGAGCAUAUGGCACUAUCCUUUGGCAGCAGAUUUCGAGUGACUUGAUGUACAUUUUCUAGUAUACAUCUGGAUAUCUAGGUACUAUAUCAGUACGCAUUCAAUCGAGAGCAAAUUAUUAAGAGUACUGGUGUAUGUACUGGUACUCCUUUGCAGAUGAAAGAGUACUGGUACUUAGAGAGACAGCAUUUGUCAUGUUAUAUACUAGUUACCAACCUGUGUAGUUACAUCAAUUUUUCAGGGCCUUUUCUUUUCACUGCUACCAAAUAUGAAUUAUAAAUUAAGGGGGUUUUUUUUGUCUCUUUAGAGAUCAGGAGUGAUCCCUGUUGGUGCCGUAUUAAGUCAGCUGGAGUAUUUUUCACAGGUCUUGGAUGUUGUAGGUUUUUGAUGUAUUGGUGUCAACUGUUAAGCAUCGUCCUGCGAGACCAUGAAGAA